AUGUUGAGAGCUAGAACUGCUGUGAAUAGCGGAGCUGCCCGGGCAGUCAGAACGUUGGCUACCUCGGCUUCUUCUCCUGUUUUCAACUUCCCUGUACCUGAAGAGUAUGUCUCGAGAACUCCUCCAUACUCCAAGUUGGUGAGCAACUUGAACAAGGUGAACCAGAUUUUCAACCACCAGCCGUUGACCUUGGCCGAGAAGAUUCUCUACUCUCACUUGGUGGAUCCAGAAGAGAGCUUGGCUGCUGCCAACGGGCUGACUGCUAAUAUCAGAGGGGAACAAUACUUGAAGUUGAACCCAGACAGAGUCGCUAUGCAAGAUGCUUCUGCACAGAUGGCCCUCCUCCAGUUUAUGACUUGUGGAAUGGCUUCAACGGCCGUGCCAGCCUCUAUCCACUGUGACCACUUGAUUGUUGGCAAAGACGGUGCCGAAGAAGACUUGGUCAAAUCCAUUGCUACCAACAAGGAAGUGUUUGAUUUCCUCCAGAGCUGUGGUGAAAAGUAUGGUAUCCAGUUCUGGGGCCCUGGCUCAGGUAUCAUCCAUCAGAUCGUGUUGGAGAAUUUCUCUGUUCCCGGUUUAAUGAUGUUGGGUACCGACUCCCACACUCCCAACGCCGGAGGCUUGGGUGCUAUUGCUAUAGGUGUUGGUGGUGCUGACGCUGUGGAUGCCUUGACAGGUACUCCAUGGGAGUUGAAGGCUCCUAAGAUCUUGGGUGUCAAGCUCACUGGCCAGUUAUCCGGCUGGUCGUCGCCAAAGGAUGUUAUCACUAAGUUGGCUGGUAUCCUUACCGUCAGAGGGGGUACCGGGUACAUUGUAGAGUACUUCGGUGAAGGUGUCCAGACCUUGUCAUGUACCGGUAUGGCCACAAUCUGUAAUAUGGGAGCGGAAAUUGGAGCCACGACGUCAACUUUCCCUUACCAGGAUGCCCAUAGAAGGUACUUGGUAGAAACCAACAGAGCUCCGAUUGCCGAAGCUGCAGAUGCCGUAAAUAAACAAGUAGGCUUCCUUCAAGCUGACAAGGGUGCUGAAUACGACAAGGUGGUUGAAAUCAACCUCUCAGACUUGGAGCCUCACGUCAACGGGCCAUUCACGCCAGAUUUGUCUACUCCCAUUUCGCAGUUUGGUGCUGUAGCCCAGAAGGAAGGCUGGCCACUGACUGUGUCUGCUGGCUUGAUCGGUUCCUGUACCAACUCUUCGUACCAGGACAUGUCUCGUGCUGUUUCGAUUAUCAAACAGGCUGAAGCAGUAGGAUUAAAACCCAAAAUCCCCUUCUUUGUCACUCCAGGUUCUGAGCAGAUCAGAGCUACCAUUGAGAGAGACGGCUUGAUUGACACCUUUGAGAAGAACGGUGCCAUAGUCUUGGCCAACGCCUGUGGACCAUGUAUUGGCCAAUGGGACAGAACCGAUGUACCCAAGACCUCCACUGAGACCAACGCCAUCUUCACGUCAUUCAACAGAAACUUCCGUGCCAGAAACGAUGGUAACAGAAACACCAUGAACUUCUUGACAUCGCCAGAUAUGGUUACCGCAAUGAUCUACUCUGGUGACGUCAACUACAACCCCAUCACUGAUUCUAUCAAGUUGGAAAAUGGGGAAGAGUUCAAGUUCCAGCCUCCUCAAGGUGAAGAAUUACCUCUGCAUGGAUUCAUCAAGGGCCGUGAGCAGUUCUAUCCCGAAGCUUCACCAAAACCCAAGCCUGAAGUCUCAGUCAACGUCUCUCCAGAGUCCGACAGAUUACAGUUGUUGGAACCAUUUUUGCCCUGGUCUGGUGAAGAGUUGUCUACUAAUGUAUUGUUGAAGGUAGAAGGCAAAUGUACCACAGAUCAUAUCUCUGCCGCCGGUGCAUGGUUAAAGUACAAGGGACAUUUGGAAAACAUUUCCUACAACACGUUGAUCGGUGCUGUAAAUAAGGAAACCGGUGAAGUAAACAAGGCCUACGACUUGAACGGAGACCUGUACAGCAUUCCCGAGCUUAUGAUUAAGUGGAAGGAAGAAGCCAGACCCUGGGUUGUUGUAGCAGAGCACAAUUAUGGUGAAGGUUCAGCCAGAGAACAUGCAGCUUUGUCUCCUAAAUUCCUUGGUGGCUCGAUCAUCUUGGUCAAGUCGUUUGCCAGAAUCCACGAGACCAACUUGAAGAAGCAGGGUAUGUUGCCUUUGACUUUUGCUGACGAAGCCGACUACGACAAGAUUUCAUCUGGAGACCUUUUGACCACUGUCGAUUUGAAGGACAUGAUAGCCAAGAACGGCAACAAUGGUGGUGUCUUGACAGUCAAGGUCACCAAGAAGGACGGUUCUACUUUUGACAUCUUGUGUAAGCACACCAUGUCCAAGGACCAAGUGGAUUUCUUCAAAGCUGGUUCAGCCAUCAACCACAUUGGUAACUUGAAAAGAGCACAAGCCUGAUAACACAAACCUUUUAUAACAUAGCAUUCUUUAUUUAGUUCAACAAUACUGUUGGCUAUGUCAGCAGUCAAUUAUUUAUAAAAAUAAUACUCCAAACAAUUAUCCACUCGAU